AUGAGUCUCAUCGACUUUGUCGCCGGCUCUAUUGGAGGUAAGCGCAAGGGGGUGCUACUAACAGUACUAACAAUCAGGGCCGGGCGGGGACUUUUGGUCUGGGGGCAGGGGUCCAAAAAUCCACAGGGGGGACCACGUUCAAAUUUUUUCGAAAAUUUUUUUUCUGGGGGGGUACCCCCCCCUCUCCGUCCCCCCCCUCGCGCCCGGCCCUGCUAACAAUAACAACAAAGUGAUACUAAUACUAACAAUGACAAUGUGAGAAGCUCUAACAUACCUUUAUUCAUCUCUACGUAACCCUACUCUACCUCACCCUACCCUACCCUACCCUACCCUACCCUACCCUACCCUACCCUACCCUACCCUACUCUACCCUACCAUACCUUAUCCUAUCCUCCUUAGUUUUCCCUGCCCUACCCUAUCUUGUCUUACCCUACCCUACUCUACUCUCAUCUACUAUAGUUUGUUCUUCCCUUCCUGACCUCACCCUGCCCCUGCGGUAUCUUUUCCUACCUUACUUUUUGCCUGCCUUCCCUUAACCUACUCUACCCUAUCCUAUUUUGUUCUGUCCUACUAUACACUGUCCUCCCGUACGUUAUUUACCCUUACUUGCUCUACUCGGUUAUCUCGACCUACCCUGCCUUAUGCUUAACAUAAGCCUCUAAGGCUUGCAACACCCUACUCUCUGCUUUUUUUAAACUCUAAUUCCACUCUAGUCUGGAUUUUGUUUCUAAGAAAUAUUAACCAUGAAUAUACGUUUCAAACCCAACUUAAACUAAUUUAUUACUUUUCAGGCGCGGCAGGGGUAUUAGCUGGUCACCCGUUGGACACAGUGAAAGUUCGUCUUCAAACUCAAAAAACCGGUCAAUUCCGUGGGACAUGGCACUGUUUCACGCAUAUCCUGGCCAAAGACAAGGUCCGGGGAUUGUAUAAAGGUGAGUUUUUUCUAUUUUUUUAAAAUAUUAAAAUUUAUGAUGUUUUGGUAAUAUAUCGGGAAUAAUAAGCCUAAAAAUUUGUUUUAAGGUGUUUUUGAAGCAAUUGGUACCUAAUUUUUUAAAAUUGUGACAUUUUUCAAAAACCGCAAAAAACUUUCUUUACAAAUUUUUUUUUUAAAUUUGAAAAAAAAUUAAGUUUUUUAUAAAGUCACAAUUAUUAUUUGGACAUUUCAAGCAUUUUUAAUCUAUUUUCACUUCUAUUUUAACCUUUUACAAUCAUAUUUUCAAGCUUAUCAUUACCACAGAUACGUAGUGUAACAUAACCCCAGAAACUUAAUGUUUAAUCUUGUUGUUGUUGUGAUAUCUUAGAAUGGAAUCUCCACGAAUGUUUAUGAUAGUUUCAUAAUCGUUUUGCCCAUUAACAACCGUAAAAAGCGUUUUACAAUGUCUAGAAGCGGGGAGAGAGCGUGCGAAAGCGAGAGAGCGGGUAGGGAUAGAAAGAAAAAUAAGCACAAGUUGUAAUACGGUAAUGGUAUUGGCGAAAAAAUGUUAUUGUAGGAAUGAGAAAAGGUCAACAAAGAGUGUGUCGAUGACGUUUUGAUAAUUUUUAGUCGAAAAUUUUGAAAAAAAAAUUUUUGAAAUUUUUUAAAAUUUUUAAAAUCUGCCAAAAUUAAAAAAAUUUUUGAUAAAAAUGACUAUCUAAAGCAAGAUAAAGAUACAGAAAGGCAUUAUAAACCCCAGUAAAUCCAAAAAACCACACUAUUACAGCUCAAUAUAUCAAUAUCAUUAUAUUCACUAUGCCCUUUUCAGGAAUGUCAAGUCCCCUCUCCUCCCUAACCCUGGUGAAUGCCAUCGUUUUCGGCGUUCACGGCACGGUGGCCAAGCAAUUCUCGGACCAUCAAGCCAUUUUCACCCAUUUUGUGGCCGGUUGUUCAGCUGGAAUUGCUCAGGCCUUUGUAGCCGCCCCCACGGAGCUUCUGAAGCUGCGAGUUCAAGUACAAGAUGGACCAAGGCAGUACCGAUCACCUUAUCAUUGUUUGAGGUGUAUAUUGAAGGAAAACCCGGCUACGUUGUUUAGGUAAGGGCAUUGUUUUGGAGAUUUUUUGGUUUUUAGGUAUUAGUUCUAAUGUACCUUGGCUUUGUCCUACUGUAGGUACCCUAGGCUUAUCAGUGAACUUUCUCUGCCAUUCUUUACCUUACAGUACUCAUCAUGGGUCUGGGGCUAAAGUAGGGCUAUGGUAAGCCUAGAGUAAGGCAAGGGUCCUAUUCCAGCCCUACCAUAACCCUACUAUAGCCCGUUCAUAUCAUACUCUAAGGCUACAGUAUCCCAGAUCUAGUAUUACCUUACCCAUGGGCAUGGACCAUAAUCAUACAAGCAAUAUGUAAAGUAUCCUCCCCCGUCCUAUUGCAUUUCUCAUUAUUUUAAAAAUUUUUAACUUCAGAGGCACCUGGAUCACCCAGCUUCGCGAUUGUCCUGGCCUAGGAAUCUACUUCGCGUCCUACGAGUACCUGGCCCGUAAAAUGAGCAAAGACGGUACGAUGGAAGCCCUCACGAGUAUACAACUUCUAAUGGCCGGCGGACUGGCGGGCAUGACAUCGUGGCUGUUCAACUACCCUACCGACGUAAUAAAAACCAGGUAUCAGGCGGACGAUACCAGCCAAAACUACCGCGAAGUCAUACGAAAGGCCUACGCCGAGAACGGGUACCGGACGUUCUUUUGCGGGUUCGGCUCAACGUUAUUACGGUAAGGCGGUUUUAUGUUAUUUUAGAGGGGAUACCCUGCCUUAAAAAUUUUUUUGAGGAAGGGGGGUGGAGUUUUUUGAGGGGGAGGGAAGCUAAAAAAAAUUAAAAAAAUUUUUUUUUCAAAAAAAGAGUCAAGUUGGGCUUGGCCUCCUGUUUUAUUUCGAAAAAAAAUUUUUUUAGUUUUAACCAUCCCCCCCCCCUAACCUACAUUUACCCCCCCCCAAAAAAUUUUUUUUGUUAAAAUUAAAACUGAUUGGCUUUGUUGAUUAAAAAAAAAUUUUUUUUACCCCUCCCUCGCCUAAAUCUACCCUUCCUUAGCCUAAAUUUACCCCUCCCACCCUCUGAAGCUGGAAAUUCAAAAAAAAGUUUAAAUGAUUUUAAACUUUUUUAAAACCUAACAAAACCACUUUCAGAGCCUUCCCCACGAACGCCGCCACCUUCUUCACGGUGGAGUGGACCUACCGCCUGCUGUUGGACUACGACCUGCUGGGAUAUAUUCAAAAAAUGACGCGUCAUAACAAAGGGAAACGCUACGUAUCAGUGUACGACCUCUGGCAAAGGAACUCCUUUUUACUGCCCGAAGCCGGAAGCACCUACAUCGACCCGAUGAUACACAGCUGUCGCUUCAUCAACCACUGA